UGGGACCACAGAGAACACGACGACAUUAUUCUCCGAAAUCCUCCAAAUCCUCUAUCGCUGGUCACAAUCGGCUCCUUGGGCGCCUCACGUCACGAACGCCGAUCGCGUUUUCGCCUUUUACCGGCGACGGCGCAUGCGCGCGGCAUCGCUUGCCUCAAAGGCAUCAAAGCGUGCGCCGCCGCCUGCACCUCCACUGCGGACGGUCAGUAACGCGCCGAGUCUCGUCGCGAGAGGGUGGUUUUUUUCGUUCGUCGUCCGCGCUCACUUGGCGCCAAAAUUGGAGCAGAGCGCAUCAGCCCGCGUGGUCUCUCGCGCGUGUCUUAAUUAAUAUCGCCUCGACUGAGACGAGUAGUAUCGGACGAUAGAGUGUCGGACGAGCGCGGAGUUGCUGCAUAUUAAAUAAGUGCUAAGAGAGAGAACACGUCGUCAUGGGUACCGUGUGUUGUGCCCCGCGGGUGUAGUGCGAUCGGACAAGAGGGAUAAAAAGAGAAAGAGAGAUCAGCGAACGGGGUACGCUGAGAAAGGACAGAGGAUAAGGAACGCGUGGGCUAAAACCCGCGGCCAAGGUGAAGUCUCAUCGUGGAGGAGCGCGAAACGGAGAAGGGAAAGACAGCGGCACACACGGAGACGAUAAUGCGGAGCCGUUGCUUCCGUUUUCAGCGACAGGACGACGUUCGGAUCCGCUCGUAAUCGAGCGGGGAGACCUAACAAGUCAGAAAUGACGCGAAGAAAAACGUUCAUCUUCAUAUUGGGAGUAGGUAUAGGUACUUUGUUGCUACUCUUCGACAAUGCGAUCGCAGAAGUUACGGAAGCAUCCGUUGUAUCGGAAAAUUCGGAGUCUCAAAAAGCAUCGACUCUCCAAGGAUCCGCGAUUCUAACAAGAACCUCUUCAAUCCAUCAAAAUCGGUCAUUCGCAGAAAAGGAUGGGAAAAAUAUCGAACUGACAAAUCAGAAGACUCAUGACAGGGAAGAUAGAUCACACGAUAGUAUCACCGACAGCGCAAGUCGAGUCGGAGAAAAAGACGACGUACCAACUCACGUGGAAAAAUCGGACGAUGAAUCCGAAAGUUUAUCGUCGGAUGGAAACAGGAAGUCGCGGCAUGGAGAAAUUGCUGCUGAAAGCUCUGGGAAAAGCACCAGCACAAAAGUUGUCUCCGAAGAUCUUCUCAGACACUCCAGGAAGAACGAGUUGACUAUAGCGACCGCGAAACCAGCUUUCAAUGAUUCGAAGCAAGAUGAUAAGAACUUAGAAAGUGCCAGGGUUCAGGAAUCUUCUAACCGUGAGGAAAUAUCCAAUAUGACCAAAACUAUGCCCCCAAAGGAAAAUAAUGUUAACGAAAAGUUAAUCGCGAAUGUUAUGGAAAGCUCGGAGUCUAAAGACGUGGAGAAGGAGUCUUCCGUUAAAGAAGAAAAGAAAGACGCAACUGCGAACAAACAAGUGAUAUCGAUCGUUAAGUCUGUUGAAGAUUUUUCCCCGACAUCCGAGGACGCUAUUAAAUUUGAAGAAAAGAAAGAAAAAAUUAUAAAGCUCGAUAAGGAAGCUCUUUUGAAGAUCGAGCCGAACAAAGAUAAAAAUACAAUUUUGACUGACUUUAAAGAGGAGAUAAAGGCUCGUACAGUGGAGCCUCAUGAUCGAGAACCAAUUACAAUGCGCGGUGAAAAUUUCCCAGGAUAUAAAAAAAAUGCCAACGAUUUAGGAACGACGGCAUCAGAAGCGCUCGAUUUAGAGAACAUCGAUGAGAAAGGAUACGAAGGAACCAUUUCGUUAAUUAAUGACACGUAUGUGAACUACAAUCGUUUUUAUAAGACUACGACGGAGAAAGAUUUCAAAGCCAGUCCGGGGGAUCAUUCGACUGGCAUGAAUGAACCACAUGGGGAUCCAAAAGAAGAAGUAGAGAUCGUUAAGAACGUGACUCACUUACCGAUAUUGAAAAUGGUGACUAUUACAAACGAUACCGCAAAGAACGAUUCUCACAUCAAUGAACUGAGCAAUCAGGAUGAAACUGUUUAUGAUAAGAAGAAAGAAGCAGUUGACGCAAAAGAUGAAAAUUUUCGCGAGAAAAGCGUAGACUCCUCAAUUUCUAACACAACUAAGAGUACAGAUAAUAUAGAAGAAUGGAAAUCGGUAGGGGAACCUGAGAGCCAGGUGAAGUUGCCCGAAGUAACAACUCAAACCGUACGAUUUGAAGAGCUUAACUCAUCUAUUCCUAGUCCAGUUCCACAAGGUAGAACUAUCGGAUUUUCCGGAGUUAACAAGUUUCCGAAUAUUGAAAUGAAAUCUACACCGUCUACAGGAACUGAUGGAGAAUUACUGGUCACUCAGAGCUUGCGAAAUAGCACGGAAAAGAUGGAUCAAAGACCUUAUCCAUAUCUAAAAUCUAGGGAGCCAUUCCAAGUAACAACGGUAGCUAGCUUGAAAUUAAACGAAGACGGUGAUGUUACUUCCGCUUACGAGAAUACAAUUGGACGAGGAGAAUCCGAAAAGAAGCUCGUUAUCACUGAACCUUCCGUCGUGAUCGAGAAUAGCAUUCAACAGCAUAAGUCGAGCAAGAAAAAUGUAAACGAGUCUACGAAUUCGACGACGAAAAACCUUCCUUUUUUGCCAGUGACAACGAUUCCGGUAGUCUCGACCGGUGUAGUAACAACGAACGAAACAUUUCCGGAAGGAUUUAUUAAUGACAGCGCGAAGGCCACGGAAAUGAAACGCUCGAAAUCGAACGAGAAUGACACGCCAGGUGCGAAAGAGAAGGAGAAAGUGAUUGUAAGUAGAGACGAAGGCUACGACGUGACUGGAAAUGGAAUAACGGAAGUGAGCCUGACUCCGGAUGGCAAGGAAGUGAAAUCACAUUCCGUCGAAGCGAUGGAAUCGUCAACGUCGCGUUCCGUGGAAACGAAUACACCUAAGACGGUAUCUCUGAAUACGGAUGUUCAAAUGGAACCGGAAGAAGCUAUGAUGAUUCGUUCAACUUUUGCCGUUACCGAGUCCACGAGCAUGAUUCCUUUAGGCAAGAACGCGACGACAGAAGCGAACAGAUCCAGAACUUCGACGACAUCGGUAGCAGACGCCUACACAAUCGCCCCGAUGAUUCUCGAGAAUUCCACAGAAUCGGCAUCGAAAAUGAACGUCACUCUGCAGCCUGCUUUGAGUGUUAAUCAAACCACUGAAUCUCUCUCUGCCACUUUAAAUCCCGACGAAUCCUCGAUCCCAACAACUACGUCUAUCGAAUUCGAGUUCGUCAGUCUCACGGAGGCAACGUCUUCGGGAAAUAACGCGACCGAGAGGAACACUGAAGGACGAACCUUCGAAGAACAAACGAUGUCUUCGAGAAUCACGACAAUUCAAGAGACAUCCGCAACGAACAAUUCAACGGAGGACGCGAUCACCACGACGAAGUCGCAGGAAUCGACUGAACUUCCGGUGACAACCGAAAACGGAACUCCAACGACGAAAGUAUCGGAUGUGUACCAUGCGGAUAACGAAACAACUACAAGUCCAUCAGUUAUCCAGACUACUUCUGAGAGCCAAAAUAAUCACACGGAGUUUACGAGGAACGAAGUUACUAUAAGCGUUAUCGAUUCCACCAGUGCCGCAGGAGUCUCCGGCAUCACCGAAGAUCCUUCAGAGUCUAAGGAUUCAAGUUUUGAUACGAACAUUACCGAAACGUCUGCCCCAGGCGCAACAGAACUUCCGCCGAGUACGGGUGUCAGGACAACGCAGCCUACAACGAACGUAACAAAAGGCCCUUCGGCUACAAGUACUUUAGAGCCGAGAGUACUCUGGAGUACGGCGGGUUUUACGGAAUCAUCCGAGGAAGAGAUAACGGAAAGUAUCCAGACCUUGUCACCGGAGGAGGUCACUUUGUUAGUUAAAAUAGUCAUCGAGGGCACUUUACACGAGGUCUGUUCUCGAUUGCAAGACUUGAGGAAAGCGCUUGCGGAUGUCCUCAGGGAUGGACUGGACAAGCAAGUAUUGCCGAGCCAAAUUAUGAUCCAUCAAAAUCCUUGUGGCGAAUUGAAUUCGUCACCGACACCCGCAGAGGUUCCUCUAACUUCGAUUCUGGUUUACGUUGUCGACGAGAAUGGCAGGUUCGACGUUGCCAUGACGAAGAUUCUACCAAGUUUAUACAAGGUGUCUCCCAACUUCCCAGUGAGAAUACACAAGUUCCUUUUGAUGCCGGAAACGGAUUCCGGAAAUGCAAUAGCGGUUGUCGUGGUUUCCUCCGUGGCCUUUAUUUGCCUGGUUCUACUAGCUGGCCUUCUGUUCAUAAUGAGAAAGAGGCAAACGAGGUUCAAUUACGGAGAACGGUGCCGGCCAGUAUCCUUGGACGCCUAUAGCCUCGACAGCGUUUCGGCGUACAAUAGCGUAAGGCGCAAAGGUGCGGCGAGAGCCUCCAAGAGAAGUUACGGCAAUCCGACUUUCGAAGAUUCGAGCGCCAUUCCCUCUCAUCCCCUCAACUUUGCCGGGCUUUCAUCUUUCUGUAACGACGUUAAUGCAAUCAAUGAAGAGUUCGCGGGCAUACCCCAGGUUUCGGCGAAAAUAGACGAGCUGCCCCCGGGAGCGGAAGUGAAGAAUAGGUAUGCGAACGUGAUACCGCUUCCGGAGACGAGGGUGCCGUUACAGAGGCUGAACAAUGACGCCUUGACCGAGUACAUCAACGCCAGUUACGUGCGGGGGCCUAAGAAUGCUACAAAGUAUUAUAUCGCGUGCCAAGCGCCAAUAGAGUCGACCGUUACCGACUUUUGGCGAAUGAUUUGGGAGCAGCAGUGCAAGGUGAUUAUCAUGCUGACCGAUCUCGUUGAGAACGAAGUGGAAAAAUGUACGGAAUACAUUCCACCUUCGGAGGUAACUGACUGUCACCGACUUUAUGGUGAUUUCCAAGUCACUUUGAAGAAGCGGGAAACCAAAGAGAAAUACGCUAUUUCUACACUUCAUUUGAAGAAUCUAGAGAACAAUACAUUCCGUGAGGUGUUUCACAUUUGGUACCUAUGGCCAGUGAGUGGCGUUCAAUCAGACGGUGCAGGCCUAAUAGCGGUGCUUCUCGAGGCGAGAGCACUCCAGCGAGGUGGCCCUGGGCCCAUCGUGGUUCAUUGUAGUCCUGGCACAGGACGCACUGGCACGCUAAUAGCUCUCGACCUAGGAAUUAGACAAUAUGAAAUUACGAGGACGGUGGAUGUGCCGAGGGUCGUUUACACCAUCAGGAGAGACCGGGCUGGCGCAGUCCAGACUAAGGAGCAAUACGCUUUCAUAUACAAGGCACUAAACCUUUAUGCGACAAAACUCGCCGGUGGCGUGCUAGAGUCAACGUGAAGCAGAAGAUCUGCAAGAAUGGACUUCAAUUAAAAUAACAAGGGUCGACCGUUUGCUUAAUAAGUAGUGUGUGCAUGUAUGUGAAAUCGAAAGGAGCUUUUAUCUAAAAAAGAUUUUUGCAUGAAUAGAAAAAUGCGCUGGCUGUAAAGCAAACUAGAAAAAUGCACUGCUGACUAAAAGAGUAAACUACAAAGAUGCCAAAUAUUGUUUGAAUUAAGAAUAUAAAUAUUCUAAUAUCGCAAA